AUGAAAAUCGUCAUUUGCGGCGCCGGUCAGGUCGGUUACGGCAUCGCAGAACGUCUCGCUGCAGAGCAGAACGAUGUCUCCGUGAUCGAUUCCUCGCCGCAGCUGAUCAAUGCCAUAGGUGAUCAACUCGAUGUGCGCGGCUUUGUCGGGCACGGCGCUCAUCCCGAUAUUCUGGCGCAAGCUGGCGCGGAAGAAGCGGACAUGAUCGUGGCGGUCACGCUCUAUGACGAAGUGAACAUGGUGGCCUGUCAAGUGGCCCAUUCCCUGUUCAAUGUGCCGACAAAGGUCGCGCGCAUUCGCGCGCAGUCCUAUCUUCAGGGGCGCUGGCGCAAUCUCUUUUCGCGCGAUCACAUGCCGAUCGACGUUAUCAUUUCGCCAGAAAUCGAGGUUGGGGAAAUGGUCUUGAGGCGCUUGGCAUUACCAGGUGCAGUCGAAACCGUGCGAUUUGCGGACGAUCAGGUCGUUGUGGUCGGGAUCAUGUGUGAAGAGGAUUGCCCGGUUGUUGAUACACCGCUGCGCCAGCUGACCGAACUGUUUCCGGACCUUGGUGCAGUCGUCGUCGGGCUUUACCGCAACCAUCGUCUUUUUGUACCAAAAAGCAGCGAUUCCAUUCUGACCGGUGAUCUUGCCUAUGUUGUCGCCCGGCGUGAUCAGGUGCGGAGAACGCUGAGCAUAUUCGGUCAUGAGGAGCCAGAAGCCGCAAAGGUUGUAAUCGCCGGCGGAGGCAAUAUCGGCCUUUACGUGGCCAAGGCUCUCGAACAGCGCCAGAGUGGAACAAAAAUCAAGCUGAUCGAGUCGUCACGAGAACGGGCAAUGUCUGUUGCCGAUGAAUUGAAACGGUCCGUCAUUCUCCACGGUAGCGCCUUGGAUCAGAUCAUCCUGAACGAAGCCGAUGCCGGUGACGCCGAUACGAUGGUCGCGCUCACAAACGAGGACGAAGUCAAUAUUCUUUCGUCAGUCAUGGCCAAGAAACUUGGUUGCCGCCGGACGCUGUCGCUGCUGAACAGUCCCAGCUAUCCGGCAUUUGCCAAUGCACUCGGCAUCGAUGCCUUCAUAAAUCCGCGCGCCGUGACGAUUUCCAGGAUCCUGCAGCACGUCCGCAGGGGGCGGAUCAGAGGCGUUCAUUCUCUGCAAAAUGGUGCAGCCGAGAUUGUAGAGGCCGAAGCGCUCGAUACUUCUCCUCUGGUCGGAAAACCGUUGCGCGUCAUCGACUUGCCUUCCGGGAUCAGGGUUGGAGCGGUUUUCCGGGGUGGAGAAGUGCUUACGCCCAAUGGAGACCUGCAAAUUCAGGCGCAGGACCGCAUCGUUAUCUUUGCGGUGGCGAACCGGGUCCGGCAGGUAGAACAAAUGUUCCGCGUCAGUCUCGAUUUCUUUUAG